AUGGCCAUGGAGCAGGGAAGAGUGACGGAAUUCGAAGGAAAGAGCCUCGACCAGAUACAAAUUGAGCCUGAAGGGAGAGCAGUAGAGAUCCUCUCACAAACGGACGGGCUAAAAGAAACUUCAAGCGGAGAACCUUCAACCAUUCAUCCAGAUGCACCCCAUGGUAGUGGCAGUGCCCCUUCUGAACGUGUGAUUGGUUUCUUCAGUCAGCGCCUGGAGCAGGCCGGCACUGACCUCUCUGUGGAGAGAGUUCAGGAGGUCAUCAUGAAAGGAGCCCAGGCCCUGCCCAAAGACAGACUGAAGGAGAUGGGGUGGGGGCACUUUCUCCUGGGCACCAACGAUCGCGAGGUGGCUUGUGUGGGACAUAAAUCUGCCUCAGUGGCUCGUUACCCGACACACUCUGCGCUCCUUGUGGGGUACGCUAACCCCCGCCCCUCCCUCGACCCCGCCAUUAAUCAGCGCAGAGAUACGGAGCUAGCGGCCUCCCCACUCCGAUCUGCGCCGCUGCUGACGCCAUUAAUUGCCCGUUCCAUCAUGCGUUUCAUGUCCCGUACUCGGCGUCCGGCUGCAAGGCAUUUGUCUCGCUCGCUGAUUUGGAAGAAGGAUGGUGCGUAUGGUUCCACGUGCUCUUUCUGGCAGCACCUCGGAGCGCUAAUGUAG